UGCAGCCAGGAAUCUUGAGUGACAAACCCUACUGAAGCCCCCGCCAUGGCUAUAACUCGAAACCUGCCAUUGCUGCUGCUGCUGCUGCCACCUCUCUCCAACCUAAGCCCUGCUGCGGCAGCUCGAAUCCCCACGGGACCAGCUUGUACCCAGGACCUCGAGUUCCAGUGUCAGGAUAUAGAGACAGCUAUGCGCUGUGGCGCUCUGGGCCACUGUCUCCAGAAGAUCUGGGGACAUGCCAGCGCAGAUGACCUCUGCCAAGAGUGUGAGGACAUCGUGACCAUUCUCACCAAGAAGGCUAAAGAGGUCAUUUUUAAGAAAACCAUUCAGCACUUUCUAGAAGAGGAAUGCUCCAAAUUUCCACUGAAGAUCAUGUUCUCAAACUGCCAGCUCGUAAUGGAAGAGUACUUGUCCAACCUCCUCCAGCACUACCAGGGACAACUUCCAAACAAGAUAUGUGGAAGCCUGGGCCUGUGUGAAAACAAGGUCCCGCUCUCAGCAUGGGAACCAGGAUCUCAGGAUCUCUCAAAAAAGCUGGUCCCAGCAUUUCUGGAGGACUUCCCAGGGAGUUCCAGGGCUCACACCCGGGACCUCAUGGAGCAGAAGUUUCCCAUUCCACUUCCCUUCUGUUGGCUCUGUCGAACCUUAAUCAAGAAAAUUCAAGCUGUCAUCCCCAGGUCUGUGUUGGCGAUGGCAGUUGCUCAAGUGUGCCACAUCGUGCCCCUGGUGGCGGGUGGCAUCUGCCAGUGCCUGGCUGAGCGCUACACCGUCAUCCUGCUGGACGCUGUGAUGGGCCGUGUGUUGCCCCAGCUGGUCUGUGGCCUUGUCCUUCGAUGUUCCGCUGAUGAGAGCUACAACUUGGGGCUGCUCCCAGACCAGUGGACACCCUCAGACCCAGACUGCCGCCUCUGUGUCUCGGUGACCAGCCGGGCAUCAUGGGAGCUCCCUGGGAACAGCACAGAGAGAGACAUCGAGAGGACCCUGAUCAACGUCUGUAACGACCCCAAGCUGGACUGGCAGGAGUGCCAAGGCUUAAUGGAGCGAUACUACUCGUCCCUGCGGUCCUUGCUGCCCCGCGGCCGAGACCCCCACGCCGUCUGCCAGGCUCUGGGGAUGUGUGAAGCGGAGCUCAGUCAGCAGAGGAUGCCAGCCUGUGCCCAGGGCCCGAGCUUCUGGUGCUCCAGCCUCGAGGCUGCCAAGCAAUGCCACGCUGCCCUGUACUGCUGGAUCCACGGGCACGACUGAUGCUCCCCGAAGAGGGCUCCAGAGCGGCAGUUUCCAGGAAAGAGGCGCCCCAGAGCCCUGAGCUGGCCAGUCCCCGGAGCCCGAUUCCAGCUGUACUCAGAGGCUCUUUCUCAGGACCCUGCGGGAUUCCGAUGGCUUCAUCCACUGGUCUUUCCUUUGAUCUUGCAGCUGCCUCCCCCUUGUGGCAGAGAGAUGCCCAUCCUGCCUUCUCCUUGACCUGCUUCCCAUCCCCAUCCUUCAAGUAGUCCACUCCAAUGUAAUAAACUGAAAAACCAAAGAAAUAAAAUUUUGGAUUCCAAA